GAAAGGGUGCUGGGCGGAGCCAGGCUAGCUGCUAGCACAGGCUGCCUGGCUGCUAGGGGCUGCUCAGAGCUUCUGCGGGGCAAGCACAGAGACUGAUAUGGAGCAGGGGAAGCAUCUGGCUGGCCUCAUCCUGGCUAUCACUCUUUUUCAAGGUACUAUGGCCCAGUCAGAAAACGGAACACAUUUAGUAGAAGUGGAUGACAAUCGAGAAGAUGGUUCAGUACUUCUGACUUGUAAUGUGGGAGACAAUAUCAGAUGGUUUAAAGAUGGGAAGGAAAUAAGUUCUUCAAUUGCAAGUAAAAAUAUUUGGAAUCUAGGGAGCAGUACCAAGGACCCUCGAGGGAUAUAUUGGUGUGAAGGAUCAAAGGCCACAUCAAAACGACUCCAAAUAUAUUAUAGAAUGUGUCAGAAUUGCAUUGAGCUGAGUUCAGCCACCGUGUCUGGCUUUAUCUUCGCGGAAAUCAUCAGCAUUUUCCUCCUUGCUGUUGGGGUCUACUUUAUUGCUGGACAGGAUGGAGUUCACCAGUCAAGAGCUUCAGACAAGCAGACACUGUUGUCCAAUGACCAGCUCUACCAGCCCCUUAAGGAACGAGAAGAUGACCAAUACAGCCAUCUUCAAGGAAACCAUUUGAGGAAAAAUUGAGCCCAGGACUCAGAGCAGAUUUGCCUUUUCUGGACACUUCAUAUAAAUGGAGUCAUACAAUAUGCUGCUCCGAACACUUUUAUGCAAAUCUUUGUGUGGACAUAUGUUUUCAUUUGUCUGGGUUGAUACCUAGGAGUGAAGAAUUGCUGGGUUGUAUGGUAAAUUUAUGUAUAACUUCUUAAGAAACUGCCAAAGUGUGUUUCAAACUGGCUGUCCCACUUUACACUCCCACCAGCGAUGAAUGAAAGUUCCCGUUUCUCCAUCUCCCCACAAAUAUUUGUUACUAUAUUUUUAGUAUGGCCAUUCUAGUGGAUGUAAAAUAGUAUCUUAUUGUGGCUUUAAUUUGCAUUCCCUAAUGACUAAUGAUGUUGAACAUCUUUUCAUGUGCUCAUUAGCCAUUCUUAUUCUAUCUUUAGUGAAGACUGUAUUCAAAGCUUUUUUUUUAAUUGGGUUGUUUUUCUCCUUACUAUUGAAUUGUAAAAGUUCCUAUAUAUUUUGAAUACAAGUCUUUUAUCAGAAACAUGAUUUGCAAAUACAUCUGCCAGUAUGUGGCUUGUCUUUUUAUUUUCUUAAUGGUGUCUUUUGAAGAGAAAAAGUUCUUAAUUUUGCUGAAGUCUGUUUUACCCAUUUUUUUCUUUCAUAGAUUGUGCUUUUGGUGUCAUGUCUAAGAAAUCCUUGCCAAACCCAAGGUCACAAAGAUUUCUCAUGUCUUCCUUUUAUAGCUUUUAUAGUUUUAAUUCUAACAAUAAAUGUCAUUUUGAACAUUAA